GUCCAAAACUACUGCAGCUUUGGCUUCAAGUCACUCAAAAGGAAAACAAGUGAACAGCACAUUAGCAUGAGUUACAUGGCUUCUUUCUUGCUCUUCCUCUUCAUCUUUUCCCUCGCUUUUCUCUCCAUAGGAACAGCUCAAGAUAGAGCACCCCAUGGGAUUGCUUAUGAGAACCCCAUGGCACUCUCACCUUCGGCUUAUGAAUUCUUCCAUCCGAAGGACCAAACCUCCAGUGCCAAAAAACCAUGUGCUGAAUCCAAUUGUGCACCAUUGCCUCUUGCAGCUCAAGUGGAAGCAACUCAACAACACGAAAGCAAGUCUGCGACUGCCCAGAAGGGUGGAAGUCGAAUGGGAGCUGGUGCGAUUGCUGGCAUUGUGUUUGGUUUCGUCUUCGCAGUUUUCUUGACAAUGGGGGUCUACCAUGUUGUCACCAUGCGUCGAAACAACAUGAACCGAGCCAAUUCUGUUCAACCUGAUGCUUGAUAAACCAACUGUUAGUCACUUGAUGACAUAGUCCCCAACUCCUUCCCUCCCUCCUCAAAAGUUCCCCUUUUUGUUAAUUUAUUUUUGUUUUUAAUUUCUUUCCCUUUUUAGGUUUGAGAUUGUGAGAUGUAUGUAUGAUCCUCAUUAGUGAUUAAAUACGUGGUGUUUUCUAGUUA